GCAGAGUCGUCGUCUCCAUAACCAUAACUUUGCUUCCUUAAACCUCUCCGUAGCUCGGGAACACCAACACGGACACGGACCGGGGAGGAGCAGAGACUCAGCACCGGAUCGGUCGAUCAAUGUCGGAUUCCAAGUGAUUGAGGAUACCCCAAAAGAGGAAAUUGGCGCAUGGUUUUGCAGAUGAAGACCCCACUUAGAUCUGGGUUCUGUCUCGUGAUCGUCCUGGUCUGUCUGGGAUUGCUGGUCGGCGUUCAUGGGGAGACCCGGAGGCCGAAGAACGUUCAGGCCGCUGUUCGAGCUAAGUGGUCGGGCACCCCGUUGCUCCUAGAAGCUGGGGAGUUGCUGUCUAGAGAAUGGAAAGAUCUUUUCUGGGAGUUCGUCGAGGUCUGGAUUCAAAACGAGGAAGACCAUACAGGAUCCUAUACAGCUCGGGAUUGCCUCAAGAAAAUUCUAAGUCAUGCGAACUCUCUACUAAGUGAUUCGUUGGCGCCGCUAUUUGAGUUCUCUCUUUACCUGAGAUCAGCAUCGCCAAGAGUAGUGCUUUAUAGGCAAUUAGCGGAGGAUUCUCUCUCAUCAUAUCCGGAUGCUGAAGAAAUUAGCUCUGGUGACUAUGGUCCAGGAGUUACUGGGAAAUUUGAUAAUACGGAGAGCAGAAAAGUAGAUUCUCUGCUUGUUGGUAAGAACCCAGAAAGUCCUCGUGGAAAGUGUUGCUGGGUGGACACUGGAGCAUCCCUCUUCUUUGAUGUUGCAGAUCUAAAAUCGUGGCUUCAUGGCCAUUCUAAGCAUGAUGGAGAUGUGGCUGGGCAGCCCGAACUCUUUGACUUUGACCAUCUCUAUUUUGAUGCAAAUAUUGCAAGUCCAGUAGCGAUCUUGUAUGGGGCUCUUGGAACUAGCUGCUUCAAGGAGUUCCAUCUCACCCUAGCUGAGGCUGCCAAAAAGGGUAAGGUUAGGUAUGUUGUCAGACCUGUAUUACCAACUGGGUGUGAAACAAAAGCUGGCGUAUGCGGUGCUAUUGGCGCGGGAGAUCCUGUAAACUUAGGUGGUUAUGGUGUGGAGCUUGCGUUGAAGAAUAUGGAAUACAAGGCUAUGGAUGACACCACUGUGAAGAAAGGGAUCACAUUAGAAGAUCCUCGAACAGAAGAUCUUAGCCAAGAAGUCAGAGGCUUUAUAUUUUCGAAGAUUCUGGAGCGCAAGCCUGAGCUGACAUCUGAAAUCAUGACAUUCAGGGAUUACUUGUUAUCAUCAUCGAUUUCUGAUACACUUGAUGUUUGGGAAUUGAAGGAUUUGGGACACCAGACUGCACAGAGAAUAGUUCGUGCUUCAGAUCCUUUGCAGUCGAUGCAGGAAAUCAACCAAAACUUUCCCAGUAUAGUGUCUUCUUUAUCUCGUAUGAAGCUCAACGAAUCAGUGAAAGAAGAGAUCCUUGCGAACCAGCGAAUGAUUCCCCCUGGGAAAUCUUUGAUGGCACUGAAUGGUGCUUUGCUCAAUAUUGAAGAUAUUGACCUUUUUCUGUUGUUAGACUUGGUUCAUCAAGACUUAUCUUUGGCCGAUCAGUUUGCAAAAACGAAGAUUCCGGAGAGCAUUAUAAGGAAACUCUUAACAUCCAUGCCUCCCAGUGAGUCCAGCAUGUUUAGAGUUGACUUCCGUUUUAGUCAUGUCCACUAUCUCAACAACCUGGAGGAGGAUUCCAUGUACAAGCGGUGGCGCAGCAACAUAAAUGAGAUUUUGAUGCCCGUCUUCCCAGGACAACUACGUUACAUUCGCAAGAAUCUUUUUCAUGCUGUUUUUGUACUUGAUCCAAACUCUGUCUGUGGUCUUGAGGCAAUUGACAUGAUCACUAACCUGUAUGAGAAUAGCUUUCCUAUGAGAUUUGGGGUGAUACUUUAUUCUUCUAACUUCAUAAAGAAGAUUGAAAGUGGUGCCGAACUACAUGGGGCUGUGGCCAAUAGUCAAAAUGAGGAGGAUCUUUCCAGUCUGAUGAUACGUCUUUUCAUUUAUAUCAAGGAAAACCAUGGAACUCAUUCAGCUUUCCAGUUCCUGAGUAAUGUAAAUAGACUGCGAAUGGAAUCAGAAUCUGAUGAUGCUAUUGAAAUGCACCACGUUGAAGGAGCAUUUGUAGAAACAGUGCUACCAAAGGCUAAAACUCCACCACAAGAUAUGUUGUUAAAGCUCGAAAAGGAUCAGAGCUUUAAAGAAACAUCUCAAGAGAGCUCCUUGUCCGUUUUAAAGUUGGGUCUGGCCAAGCGGCAGUGCAGUCUUCUGAUGAAUGGUCUUGUCCUAGAUGCCAAUGAGGAGGCCCUUGUGAAUGCAAUGAAUGAUGAGCUCCCAAGAAUACAGGAGCAAGUUUAUUAUGGGCAUAUAAAUUCUCACACCGAUGUCCUGGACAAAUUCUUGUCUGAAAGUGGCAUCAGUCGCUAUAACCCACAGAUUAUUGGAGACAGCAAGACUAGACCGAAGUUUGUUUCUCUCGCUUCUCUAAUACUUGGAGGGGAAUCCGUGCUAAAUCAUAUUGACUACUUGCAUUCUCCUGAAACUAUGGAUGAUUUGAAGCCUGUGACUCAUCUUCUUGCUGUUGAUGUGACAUCCAAUGAAGGGAUAAAAUUGCUUCGCGAAGGAAUAAGAUACCUGAUGGCAGGGACUAAAAUUGCUCGAUUGGGAGUGCUCUUUAAUGCUAAACAGGAUGCAGAUUUAUCUAGUCUGCUCUUCGUGAAAGUCUUUGAAUUUACUGUAUCCUCAUAUGGCUACAAGAAAGAGGUUUUGAACUUUCUGGACCAGCUUUGUUCGUAUUAUGAGCAUGAAUAUGUUCUUGACCCUUCAGCGGCAGUUCAAGAUGGUCACAGAGAAAAAUUGCAGAGUACAAUCUAUGAGCUUGCUCAUGAAAAUGGAUUAUCAACUGAUGCCUUUAAAUCCAUGCUCGGUGAAUAUGAUAUUGACAAGAUGAGAGAACGUCUGAAUAAGGUUGCAGAGUUUCUUUAUAGGCUUACUGGGGCUGGUUCAGCUGUUAAUUCAGUUAUCACCAAUGGAAGGGUAAUGUUCCCUGUUGAUGCAAACUCUUUCCUGAGUGAUGAUCUGAGACUCCUUGAAUCCAUGGAGUUUAAGCAGAGGACAAAGUAUGUUCUUGAAAUUAUUGAGGAGGUGAAUUGGAAAGAUGUGGAUCCUGAUUUGUUGACAAGCAAAUUCCUAAGUGAUGUUGUGAUGUAUGUAUCGUCUGCAAUGGCCACGAGGGAACGUAGUUCUGAAAGUGCGCGGUUCGAGAUUUUACAUGCAGAUUACAGUGCUGUUAUUUUGGGGAAUGAAAAUGCUAGUAUUCACAUAGAUGCAGUCAUUGAUCCUUUAAGUCCGAUGGGACAGAAGCUAGCUUCACUUCUUCGAGUUGUAUGGAAGUAUUCUCAACCAAGUAUGAGAAUUGUACUGAACCCCAUGAGUUCCCUUGUUGAUCUUCCCCUUAAGAAUUACUACAGAUAUGUGCUUCCAACAAUGGAUGAUUAUAGCUCUACUGACAGCUCAAUAAAUGGACCUAAAGCUUUCUUUGCAAACAUGCCACUGUCCAAAACCCUCACAAUGAAUCUAGAUGUUCCUGAACCAUGGCUUGUUGAGCCUGUCAUCGCAAUUCAUGACCUGGAUAAUAUUUUGCUGGAGAAUCUUGGAGAUACACGGACUCUGCAAGCUGUAUUUGAGCUUGAGGCUCUUGUCCUUACUGGUCACUGUUCUGAGAAAGAUCACGAACCUCCUCGAGGCCUCCAGUUGAUUCUUGGAACUAAGAGCAAGCCUCACUUGGUAGACACCCUUGUGAUGGCCAAUCUGGGUUACUGGCAGAUGAAAGUGUCUCCUGGGGUUUGGUACUUGCAGCUUGCUCCUGGUAGAAGUUCCGAGCUAUAUACCCUAAAGGAUGAAGAGGAUGGAAAUUCAUUAAAACGAAUUACGAUUGAUGAUAUGCGGGGAAAGGUGGUCCAUCUCGAAGUAAUGAAGAAGGAAGGGAAGGAACAUGAAAAGUUGUUGGUUUCAACUGAUGAUGAGAACCAAUCAGAAGACGCAAAAGGCGGCCGAAAUAGCUGGAACUCUAAUAUAUUAAAAUGGGCUUCUGGUUUAGUGGGUGGCAAUGAACAGGCUAAAAAGAGUCGGGACACAUCGGUGGUGCGUGGGAAGGGAGGUAGACAAGGAAAGCCAGUCAACAUAUUUUCAAUUGCUUCUGGGCACCUUUACGAGCGGUUUCUGAAGAUCAUGAUACUAAGUGUCCUGAAGAACACCAGGCGUCCAGUAAAAUUCUGGUUCAUCAAGAAUUAUCUGUCCCCUCAGUUUAAGGAUGUGAUCCCACACAUGGCACAAGAAUAUGGAUUCGACUAUGAACUGGUUACCUACAAAUGGCCUACAUGGUUACACAAACAGAAGGAAAAGCAAAGGAUUAUUUGGGCAUACAAAAUCUUGUUCCUUGAUGUCAUAUUUCCUCUUUCCCUGGAGAAGGUUAUAUUUGUCGAUGCAGACCAAGUAGUGAGGGCAGAUAUGGGCGAACUUUAUGAUAUGGACUUAAAAGGAAGACCACUCGCAUAUACUCCAUUCUGCGACAAUAACAAGGAAAUGGAUGGUUAUCGCUUCUGGAGACAGGGUUUCUGGAAGGAACACUUGAGAGGAAAACCGUACCAUAUUAGCGCUCUCUAUGUCGUAGAUCUAGUGAAAUUCCGGGAGACAGCAGCUGGAGAUAAUCUCAGAGUGUUCUACGAAUCUCUAAGCAAGGAUCCAAACAGUCUAUCUAAUCUUGAUCAGGAUCUUCCAAAUUAUGCUCAGCACACGGUGCCCAUCUUCUCCCUACCCCGAGAAUGGCUGUGGUGCGAGUCAUGGUGUGGCACUGCCACUAAAUCCAAGGCAAAGACAAUUGAUCUCUGCAACAAUCCCAUGACCAAGGAACCAAAGCUUCAGGGUGCAAGGAGAAUAGUGCCUGAGUGGACAGAUCUCGACUCAGAGGCGCGGAGGUUCACUGCAAAAAUCCUCGGAGAUGAACCUGAUCUUCAAGUGCCAGUACAAUCCCCUGCCCAAUCAAAGCCAGAGGAAGCGAAAGUGGACAGUUCAUUAGAAGAUGACCUCGAAUCUAAGUCAGAGCUGUAAAUACAACCAGGCACCAUUGCAGGGUCGCACUAUUCUUGCAUCUCGGAGAGCCCGGAGGUCGUUUAUGACAGAUAUGACGAGGAGAGGCAGCAUGAAGCACACUGACAAAUGUGAGGAAGAACAUUUUUGUGGCUGCAGGUCUAUAGAACUUGAUUAUCAUACGGUCAGACUAUUGCUAGUAUUAUUGUUAUUCAUAUUGCCAAUUUUGGUAGACACGCCAUCAAUAGGUCGGCGAUCGCAACAAAUGCUUGCCGAGAGAUGAGAUUAGAUUCCAGAAAUGAAACAUAGCAUUGUGAUCUCAUGCCUUACUUUGUUUGCAGCUGUUUUAAAAUACCUGUCUUUUGGA